AUGCCGCAAGACGAGUUUGAAAAGCAAAAAACGGGUCUCAUCACACGACUACUCGAGAAGCCGAAAACCUUGGGAGCGCGGUCAAGACGUUUUUGGAACGAAAUUGACUGCAGGCAGUACGAUUUUGAUAGGAAUAACUCCGAAGUGGAAGUACUGAAUACGGUCACUAAGGAGGACCUCCUAUCUUAUUUCGAUCGCAAGUUCAGCAAAAAUGCACCAGAACGACGGAAGGUAAUUGUUAUC